AUGACCGACAAGAUCAAGUACGCGCAAGUCGACAACGAUACUAGCGACUAUGGAGAAGAUUACCAAAAACCUAUCCGACCGCACCGAGGAUGGGUUUCAACAUUGAGCUCAUUUCUUCUUGGUCUCGUCACAAUGGGAGCCGUAAUGGCUCUUUAUUCAGCCUUUAUAAUGCCAGAACCGCCACACGCGCGCAACCUACCACACGCUCGCAAUGGUUCUGAUCCCAACACUGGCCUUCCGUUGGCCUGGUCUCACGGCGACUGUGGCAACUCACCCGAAGACGCAAAAGCACGAGGCUGCCAGUACAGCAUCGUUCUUCACUCGUGGCUGCCAAAGUCUUGCCUCACAGAAGCGGAUGCAGAAGACGCCGAGGCCAUGUAUAAAGAGCGCCAUUGGCCGUAUGAGAUUGCGUCAGGUCGGAACCUUACCAUGCAAGAGCUUGGUGCUGGCGAUUAUGGACACUUUGUAACUACGUUUGACUGGCAUGUCACGCAUUGCAUGUAUGUGUGGAAGCGGCUACAUAGAAUCUUGCUGGAUCCGACGCAGGAGUUGGACUCGUACACUGCCAACUAUCAUCAUACAAGCCAUUGCGUAAAGAUGAUUGGAGGCCAUCCGGAAGGCAUGAAGGAUUCGGGCACAAAGAUCUUUGUAAAGUAUCCGAAAUGCGCAAAAUAA